AUGCCCCAGAACAUCGGUAUCAAGGCCAUCGAGGUCUACAUCCCACAGAACUAUGUCAACCAGGCUGAACUAGAAAAAUUCGACGAGAUCCCCCAGGGCAAAUACACCAUUGGCUUGGGCCAGACCAACAUGUCUUUUGUCUCGGACAGAGAAGACAUCUACUCUCUUUGCUUGACUGCCACAUCCCGUUUGUUGAAAAACUACAACAUCGACCCACAGAACAUCGGCCGUUUGGAGGUCGGUACCGAGACGUUGUUGGAUAAGUCCAAGUCGGUCAAGUCAGUGUUGAUGCAGCUUUUUGGCGACAACGACGACAUUGAAGGUGUGGACACCAUCAAUGCUUGUUACGGAGGCACUUCUGCUGUGAUCAACGCUGUCAACUGGAUCGAGUCUUCUUCUUGGGACGGCAGAGACGCCAUCGUUGUGGCUGGUGACAUUGCCAUCUACUCCAAGGGUGCUGCCAGACCAACUGGUGGUGUGGGCUCUGUGGCUCUUCUUAUUGGCCCAGACGCUCCUUUGGUGUUUGACUCUGCCAGAGGCUCCCACAUGGAACACGCCUGGGAUUUCUACAAGCCUGACUUCACCUCGGAAUACCCUGUUGUCGAUGGCCACUUCUCCUUGACCUGUUACACCAAGUCUUUGGACCACGCCUACAGAAACUACUCCAAGAAGAUCACCAAGGACGCCAACAAGACCGUCGGUGUUUUGGACCACUUUGACUACUCCGCUUUCCACGUUCCAACCUGUAAGUUGGUCACCAAGUGUUUUGCUCGUAUGUUGUACAAUGACUUCAAGUCCAACCCAGAUGCUUUCAAGGACAAGCUCUCGCCAGAGGUUUUCGAAGAGGUUUCUAACAUUUCCUACGAGCAGUCGUUGACCGACAGAAACUUGGAGAAGGUUUUCUUGGGUCUUGCCAAGGAGGAGUCCAACAAGAGAAUCACCCCAGCUUUGAAGGUGGCCACCAAUACCGGUAACAUGUACACUGCCUCGUGCUGGUCUUCUUUGGCUUCUAUCUUGUACUUUGUUGGUAACGAGGAAUUGCAAGGUAAGAAGGUUUCCGUCUACUCGUACGGUUCUGGUCUUGCUGCUACUCUCUUGUCUCUUAACGUUGUGGGCGACAUUUCUGCCAUCACCAACGUUUUGAACUUGGAGCACAAGUUGGUUGGCGGCAGAACCCAGAAGACCCCACAGGAGUACGUGGAGGCCAUUGAGUUGAGAGAGAAGAUUCACUUGCAGAAGGACUACAAGCCUACCGGAUCUCUUGACGACAUUGCCUCUGGCGUUUACUACUUGAAGGAAAUCACAGACAAGUUCCAGAGAUUGUAUGAGGUGAAGUAA